AAGCCACCUUUCCCUCCCUCUCAACCCUUCCUCCUACCAUAUAAGGAGAGGCAGCUGCUAGAGGCCUUCUAGGAUCUAAAGAUAGAGGCCUUUCUUGGGACUCCAAAAGCCACGGGGCAGCUUGGAGCCACCAUGGAACGUCUUGCCCACCCCUACCAAGCCCCACCUCCAACCUCUUCAGGCAGCACGCCCGGACUCUGUGGUACGACAGACCCAAAUAUGUUUUCAUGGAGUUUUGCGUUGAGGACAGCACUGACGUCAGUGUGCUCAUUGAGGACCACCGCAUCGUGUUCAGCUGCAGGAAUGGUGAUGGUGUGGAGCUGUACAACGAGAUUGAGUUCUAUGCCAAAGUGAACUCCAAGGACUCCCAGGAUAAGCGCUCUGGUCGCUCCAUUACUUGUUUUGUGAGGAAAUGGAAGGAGAAGGUGCCCUGGCCUCGACUCACCAAGAAGGAUAUAAAGCCCGUGUGGCUCUCUGUGGACUUCGAUAACUGGAGAGACUGGGAAGGAGAUGACGAGAUGGAGCUGGCGCAGGUGGAACACUAUGCAGAGCUUUUGAACAAGGUCAGCACUAAGAGACCUCCCCCUGCCAUGGAUGAUCUGGACGAUGAUUCUGACAACUAACUAGCUCUCUGUGACAGUGGACCUGGGGAGGAGGCUGUAGCUACCUCCUGUCGUGCUGAGGAGCUAGGAUGGGCUGUCCUUCAACUACUUCCUUGUGCAUCAGGAUCCACAGAGACCUCGGAACUCUUCCAGAAGCUCUCUCUGAAGGGUCCCUCUCCAUGUGUUAGGUCUUCCCCCUGGGCACCUAAGUGUGGUCCUGCAUCAGAUGGGGUGGGGAGCUGACAAGUGGGGCUGCUGACUUCCCACUGAUUUGACUAAGAAUCUGUGCUUGGGAUGCUUGGGUUUUUGGGACACGUGUUUAUAUGUGGUAAAGCAAAGGCCAAAGAAGAAAGAGAUUAUAAUAAAUUCUAGGAAUGAUCCUUCUCUUUCCUUCUUGCACUUUCCCCUCCCUGUGGAAAGCCCCUUCUUUCUCAGAGCUUCUGGCUACUUUUGCAGUGGGAAGAUGUUACACAGACUUCAUCUCACCCAGAUUGGUCCCUGUGACCCCUGGACCUUUAGCUUCCUGUACCUCUGUGGUCAAGAGUAUAUAGUAGUGUUUUUGUUUGUUUGUUUGUUUUCAGAAAAUGAGAGUUUCGUUCUCAGUGCCCACACCAGGUGGCUCACAACCACCUGUAAUUUGGUGCACAUACACAUAAGUAAAAAAUAAAAUAUUUUAGGGCUAGAGAGAUGGCUCAGUGGUUACAUAAAAUAAAUCUUUAAAAAAAUAAAAUAUUCGCAAGGCCCUGGGUUCGGUCCCCAGCUCCGAAAAAAAAAAAAAAAAAAAAGAACCAAAAAAAAAAUAUAUAUAUAUAUUUUAAAAGUCCAAAUUAUCGCUGGACAGUUGUGGUGAAUGCAUUUCAUCCCAGCACUUUAAAGGCAGAGGCAGGAGGAUCUCUGUGACUUCGAGGCCUGGUCUAUCAUGCAAGUUCCAAGACAGCCAGAACAGUUACACAGUGAAACCCUGUCUCAAACAAAACAAAACAAACAACCCCUCAAAUCCAAAUUAUCAUAAACCAUAGCUUUCUGAGUUGAAUUUCUUCCCUUUGGCUUUAAAAAAGUUACAUGAUGAAAUCUUAUGGAUAUUGGUUUUAAAUAAAAUAUUAACAUAUG